AUGUUGGAAGUCAGUACAAAUGGAGGCGAUAAAGAAGAUCAGAAUGCUGAAAACUCGAAUUCAUUUUCUGGAAGCAUCUUCAAUGUAAGUGCAUCCUAUAAUGAUCCUUUCUUCAUCUCAAAUUCUGAUCAAACUAUGAGCAAAUUAGUUGUUGUUAAUCUGAAUGGCAACAAUUACAUUAGUUGGAAACGUAACAUUCGUAGAGCAUUAAUAGCUAAGAAUAAAAUAGGUUUUGUUGAAGGAAGUAUUGCAAAACCUGAGGAAAAUGAUAAGAACUAUAAUCAAUGGAUGUGUUGUGAUUACUUGAUAAUAUGCUGGUUGAUGAAUUCUAUGAAUGAAGAUAUAGGAGAGAAUUUUACCUUUGUGGAAAGUUCUGCACAACUAUGGAAUGAAAUUGCAGAAUGUUAUGGUCAGUCUAAUGGACCGCAAAUUUAUCAAUUAACACGUGAAUUGGAUAAUUUGCGUCAAGAAAAUCAGUCUAUCAUGGUUUAUUAUGGCAAAUUGAAGAAAUGUUGGGAUGAAUUACAAAAUCUGAGAAGUAUGCCAUCAUGUACCUGUGGAAUAUUGUCUAGAUGCAGUUGUAAUUUCUUGAAAAGACUUUCUGAAUUUGAAUCUGAAGAAAAAUUGAUGCAGUUCUUAUUAGGCCUCAAUAGUGGGUUUGAUAAUGCUAUUAGUAACAUCUUAGCUAUGGAUCCACUACCACCUAUUAGCAGAGCUUAUUACUUAGCUCAGCAAGUUGAGAAGCAAAAAGAAGUUAGUGGUUUAAACCAUAGAAAUGAAGUUAGUGCUCUUCUUGCACAUAAACAACCAUUUCAUGCUAAAAUUCCUUACAAGAAAGACUGGAGGAAAGAAAAGACUGAUAGAGUGUGUGAGUAUUGCAAGAAACAAGGACAUACCAAAUAUACUUGUUUCAAACUCAAUGGUUUUCCUGAUUGGUUCAAUAAAAAGUAUGGAAACAAUAGCUCCUAUGGAGGUAAUUCUUAUGGAAGUUCCUCAAAGCUUGUUGCUAAUGUUGCUGUUGAAGAUUAUGGUCUGGAAAAUGAUCCUCUGGAGUUCAAUAUGGCUGGGCCAGCAAAUUACACCAAUGAUAAUGCUGCUGGUGAUAAAAAUGGAAGUAUAUACCCUGUAAUGUUUCAGAAUAUUAUGCAAGAAGUUAUGAAAGUCAUGAAAGGGAAGCAAGGUUCUGGUGAAUCUUCUCAAACUGAACAUUCAUUUGCCAACUGUGCAGGUAAAACUUCUUCUGUUUUACAUUGUAAUACAUGGAUCAUUGAUUCUAGGGCCACAGAUCACAUGAUUUUUGAUGAUCAAAUGCUGAUUAACAAGAGAAAAUUGGUUAAAAUGAUUGAAGUUGGUUUGCCUGAUGGAAGUAAAAAUCAUGUUUCUGUAAUUGGAGAUGUUAUGAUUACUGUUGAUUUGAUGCUUAGAGAUGUAUUAUUUGUGCCUUGCUUUCAGCAUAACUUGAUUUCCAUUGGUAAAUUGGCUUUGGAUUCUAGUAUUGAAGUAGUAUUCAAACACAAUAUUUUCCCCUUCUAUUCUAGAUAA